AUGGAAGACAUUCUCGAAUGCAUCCUGGGCUACCGCACCCUCUCCGCCUCAAAAGCCCGCAAACUCCACCACCUCUCCCAAACACCCCCCGAAUACUGGACAGCCAAAGAACGUAUGCUAAGCGGCAAAGCCCGUACCCGCUGGCUACGUGAAGAAAGAAAACGUGCCUCUCGAGGCGGCAGCCCAGCCAUCCUCGACCGCAUCUGGCCCACAGGACCGUACUGGCCCAACGGCGGCGUCCUUGUAGGCGGCGACAAGAGAAGGAAAGAGUUCAGAGAGGCAGUAGGGAGGAUGAGAUAUCGUGACCAAGCGCGCGCCGAAGCCCACGCCCAAAUCUACAAUGUCCACCCGCUCGACAUCUACGGCCUCCCCCGCUCGCAUCUGCAAGCCCUCCUCUCCGAAGGCGACUGGACGCGCUUCGAACCCAACCAGAUCCUCAAUGACCGCUGCCGGGCCCGGAAAGACCGCAACAAGCACUUCUUCCGCCAUAUCGGGCGCGCGGAACCACGAUUCGAUGACAGCGAGUUGUUGAGGAACGGACGCUUUGGGGAGAUGGCCGGGGCGGAGACGGAGGAGGAUCGGUAUAGGAAGUUUGGGUGGGACAGGUUGUGGGAUGUGCCGGUUUAUGGGCCGGGGAAGGAGAAUUGGGAUGCGGAUUCGAGGCCUAGGGUCUGGGAGGUGGGGAAUGGGCUUGGGAGGAGGAGGGGUGAGCGGAGCAGGUGGGAGAGGGGACCGGAGUGA